UUAAAAGAGACGCGCAACGAAAGCAGUUCAGAAAAAUUCCCAGAACAAAUUCUUCUUCUUUUGCGCUCAGCCUCAUCCCCAGUCAGCGCCAUAGCCAAUUGACCACCUUAGUGUGAGUGGUGGAGGAGAGUUUUGUGUGUGUAUAACGUGUCAGUGUCUGGUUUAACAAAUAUACAGCGCGUAUUGCGUCACUCUUUACUUAGUUGAGCAAUACUAAGGACAUUGCUUGCGGAGGGCAAUCAACACGCACAAUGAGUCAUAAUUGCAAAGGGUUCUGGGUGGCAGCGAUCUUAACAUGGUCAGCUUUGAUGUCUAAUUUAGUGUUUGGAACUACAGAGGGGCAGGAGACGCCACUGGCUCUGCCCGUGGCCGAGCUGACUCAACCCACAACAGCUAUACAGGGGGAGGUUUGGGAAGAGGAUGAUCACGAGGUAUUAAUACGCAACGAACGCGGGACAAAGAGCGAUGGCCUCUCAUGUCGUUAUGGCAAAAAUCCAUGGACUGAAUGUGAUACUAAAACUAAUACACGUUCUCGAACUUUGACAUUGAAAAAGGGGGACCCAGCUUGCGAUCAAACUCGCACCAUUCAGAAAAAGUGCAAAAAGGCGUGUCGAUAUGAGAAGGGAUCUUGGUCUGAAUGUACCACAGGACAGAUGACCAGAGCUGAUAAAUUAAAGGCCACCAGCGAUCCUUCAUGCGAAGCAACACGUUUAAUUAAGAAGAACUGCAAGCCCGGCAAGUCCAAGGAUAAGAGUGCCAAGGAGCAGCGCAAAAAUAAGGAUAAAGCUGCUCGCAAAGGACGUGUUUAAGUAAUCUGGUAACAAACACUCAUUUUUUUAAAGUCAGAUGUUAGAUUUUUCCCUGGAGCUCGUUUUUCAAAAAUAUAAGAACACUAAAUAAAAUCGUAAUAAAUAAACCCACUUAAUGGAUAACCGUAAAAAUUAUAUUUGAAUACAUUUAAAAAAUUGUAGAUUUGAUUUUAAACAAUUUAUAUAAAAUAACGGAAUUAACUAAAAUCUACUACUAAAGAAAAAGUUUGCAAGAAUUUGCGAUUGAUAUGUGAAACCAUACCAUACCAUUAAGUUUAUCCAAGUUUCUCCAAACGCAAGAAAACAAUACGACUGAUCCGGCAGAUAGGAAUCUUAUAGCCCGGAAGAUUGUCUGACAAUUCAUAUAAAGCAUUAGCCAAGUUAUUCGAAAAAUAACUUUACACCAACAUUAAUACAUAUAUACCUUCCCAUAUUUAAACAAAAGUUAUUCAAACAUAAUUGAUGUAAAACGUUCGUCUGAAAAUAUCAGCUUCUGUAUUUGAUCUCAAUAAAAGAGAACAGAAAAAACAGCGGCACAUAUAAUUGAUAUAAGUAAUACAUAUAUACAAUUUAGACAUACAAUAAAUGCAACAUUUAAUAAAACACUUAGUGUAAAUAUUGUAAAAAGUAAUACAAUAGUAUUGCAAAGUAACAAAGAGACAAUGGCCGAUUGGUAAUCGCAAGGGCAUUGCUAAUGCGAUUGCGUAUUUUAAACAAAACUAACAUAAAACCCCCGAAAAUGUAUCUUUGUAUGACUAAACAGUAUUGAUCAUACUUUUAAACUACAUACAAGUAUCUCCCACUCAAACAGGAUUUAUUUUUGUUCUUUUUUGUCAAGCGAAAAAAAAAAUUCAAUUUGAAUUAUAAAAAGUGAGAAAAAUAUAAUUUUCCGAAAUAAAUUGUGCAGAACGGUAAACCCUUCCCGCAGAAAUAGUCGUUUUAGUUGUAGCUGAUAAUUAUAAUAGUUGUAUUUCAAAAUGAAUUUAAUAUCUGAUUCUAUUUUAAACAAAGCACAUUAUUUUAAAAUAAUAGAGUUAUUUAUGUAUUAAAAAAAAAUAUGCAACCAUAAGCAUUAUAAUACAAACGAAAACUGUAUAAUCCAUUAUAGCUUACAUAUAAAUAUGUGUGGAUUCAUAUAAUUAUGUAAAAACACGCAUAUGUAUAUGUAAGUGUUGGAAAACAAAUUUAUAUGAAUAUUUAAUGUCAAACGUAUUUAACUGAAAUUAUUUUUAUUCUAUCGGGAAGCCUUGAAAACUCAAUGACACGACAAGUAAAUCAGAAAUUAUAUACAUAAAAUAUAGUCAUUUGCAUUCAUACGUAUUUACAUACAUACAUUAAGAAUACCAUGAAAGAGAAAAUUAAACAAAAAAAAACUGCAAUUUCAUAAAAUAUUAUAAAUAAAAACUUGACAAGGAUUUAAAUAAAAACAUAAUCUAUAAGAGUUUA